ACUUGAACGGUUAUAGUUAAACUUCUUUUAAACCUUUUGGAAUUAAUUACUACUUCAUUACUCGUUCCCCCUUCGGCUUCCAUUCCCAAAAACUUUAAUUAUGCCUUUAACCACUACUUCUCUAAACUCUUCCUCUUCCUCCACUUUUAUAUAAACCCCAAGUUCUUUCAAGAGAGAUUGAUUGCCUGAUUCUCUUUCAAGAUUUUGUAUUAAGACAUGUCAGAUACUUUGGAGAAUCCGGUGAUUAACUUGAAGCUACUCAUAGAUGAAGAUAAAAGCAAGGUUGUAUUCGUUGAGGCGGGUAAAGAUUUUGUCGAUAUACUCUUUAGUUUUUUGACAUUGCCAAUGGGAACGAUUGUUAGAUUGAUAGAGAUGAAUCAGCAGUUACAGUCACCAGGAAUAGGCUGUUUCAACAAUAUCUAUGCAAGUGUUGUGAGUAUGUCCAUUAAGCAUUUCAGGACAGAAGCUUGUAAACAAAUGCUUUUGUAUCCUGGAAGUUUGAAUCAUGAGAAAUGUCAAAAUCUUAAGAUGAGAAUAGAUGAUUCUGAGCCUACAAAGUGUUUCAUGUGCCCUAUGUUUGUACGAAGCGGGCAAUGUAGUAAAAGGUAUAGCAAUUUUAAUAACUCGAGAUGUAGCUGUGGGAAUUUGAUGGAUGAAGUGUUACAGUUUCAAGGAGAAGGAGGUGGAGCUAGUGUAGGAAAUGGUGUUGAUCAUGCUUCAUUCAUAAUCACUGAUGAUUUGAAAGUGGAAGUUACCUCUGUUGGGUUAACACUUGCUGUUCUUAAAGAUCUUGGCUACACAGAUUGCAAUAAGUUGGUUGAGAGGAUUCAAGACGUCAAUAUCAAAGAGGUAGCUACUUUGCUGGAGUGUUUAUUCACAUCGGAUACGCCACUGACCGAUACAUUUCUGAAAAAGAAAAGCUCAUAUGGUAUGAAGAGGAUUCAUAAAAUGCUGACCCCUGGCAUCCAUGAAGAUAGAGAGGAAUCAAAAGCUGACCAAAUGGUUACAUUAAAUGCUCAUGUUAGGAAGAAGGAAGGGAACAUUCUGUUUGUUGAAUGUGGCGAAGACUUUGUUGAUCUUCUCUUCACCUUUCUUGCUAUACCUCUCGAAUCUGUAUGGGGAAUAGUCAGCAAUGGAACCAUCCUUGGAUGCAUUGGAAACUUGUGCAGAAGCUUUAAGGAGUUGAGUGUUGUUGAUUCAGGAAGAGAAGCUAAAAGUGUACUUCCUCAUUACUACAAGUGUCAGAAGCAGCUGCUCGAUGUUGUCACUACACAUAAGCCACCAACUUACUACAGUUAUGUUUCCUUCUCUGUGGAUCAUUUUCGAGAGUACAGUUUGUCUGAAAACUCUGAUAAGCCAGUUGUUUACGAGUGGGAUAAACUCGUGCCCGUGAUCUCGCUCGAUCCAAAAUGUGAAGGUGAUAGUAACACUACUGAUGAGUCAACAACACCUAGUGGUGGAUUUAUGAAGAGAGGGACAAAGUUUAUGGUAACUGAUGAUUUGAUCAUCACACCUUCGAAUUCAACCUCAACCAUUGGAUUGCUAAAAGAAAAACAGAUCAGAUUAGACGCUGUUGAGGUUCAAGUUAUCAUCAUUAAGAGAGAAGAGGCCAUUAGGUUAUUAGAAGCUUCAUUAGUGACAUUCUCUGCCUUGAGCACUAGUCUUCUAGCCGUGGAAUCAGCUUCAACAAGUGUACCUCAAAGCUGACUUUUCAAGAAGCCAAAGAUUGAGACUUGAAGAGCUAUCUUCAACCCACACCUGAGUUGUUGCUAAAUUUGAUUGCUAGUGAAUAUUUUGAUAGCUCAGUUUUUCAUUAGUUUCUUGGACAUCUACUUUGUUCAAUCUUUGUUUUUAGCUACUUCUCAUUUGCUUUUUAUUCGUGAGACAUUGAACUUUAGGAUAAGCAAGUUUAAAUUAAUCUUAUAAACCGAUUUCUUUCUGUGGCCA